AUGCCAAAAUCUACAUAUGACUCUGUGGGGGAUAAUGAUUCAUUUACUUUUCAAUUUGAUGAAGAAAAAUUGCAUAUUUUCAGAUUGUUGCCUUCGAGGUUGGAAACUGCCUUGCAUCGAUAUGAGUUAACUUAUCUUUUUGCCUUUUCUUGGAGUUUCUGGAUUUGUGAAGAUGCCAAUACUAAAAUAUCUGGUUCACAUGAGUCAACAACUGAAAAUAUACUUCCAGAAUGUAGAUUACCAGUUGGAAAAAAGUAUUUUGGUGGAUUGACUUUUCGUGUUGAGGAUAUGGAAGUUUUCAAGAUUGAGGAAUAG